CGAUUGAGGGGCCGCGAGAGAGAUGCCGGUGGCAAGACCCGAGUUAUCGGAUUCUAGAGUUAUUGCUCACGUCGACAUGGAUUGCUUCUACGUUCAAGUGGAGCAGCGAAAGCAACAAAGUCUAAGAGGUCAACCCACUGCUGUUGUACAGUACAAUUCUUGGCAAGGUGGGGGACUGAUCGCUGUCAGUUAUGAGGCUCGUAAGUUUGGGGUGAAGCGCUCAAUGCGAGGUGAUGAGGCAAAACAAGUUUGUCCGGAGAUUCAUCUUGUUCAAGUCCCAGUUGCCCGUGGUAAAGCUGAUCUUAAUACCUACAGGAAUGCAGGCUCAGAGGUUGUCUCCAUACUUUCUAGAAGAGGCCGAUGUGAGCGUGCUUCAAUUGAUGAAGUGUAUUUGGAUCUCACUAUAGCAGCUGAAGCAAUGUUGGCAGAUAAUCCUCCUGAGUGCCUGGAAACUAUCAGUGAAGACGUAGUACAAUCACAUGUUUUGGGUCUUGAGGAAGUUGGUAGCGAUGCCAGAGAGAAUGUCAGACAUUGGUUCACUAGAAGUGAUGCUAGUCGCCGUGAUAAGUUGUUAGCCUGUGGAGCCUUUAUUGUUGCAGAACUUCGGCUGCAAGUACUGGAAGAGACUGAGUUCACUUGUUCUGCAGGCAUUGCUCAUAAUAAGAUGCUGGCCAAACUUGCAAGUGGAAUGAAUAAACCUGCUCAGCAAACUGUGGUGCCUUUCUCAUCCAUCAGCAAAUUACUUAGAACUUUGCCUAUAAAAAAAAUGAAACAGCUUGGAGGAAAACUUGGAACUUCUUUGCAGAUUGACUUAGGUGUGAACACUGUUGGGGAUCUGCUCCAGUUUUCAGAAGAAAAGCUACAAGAAUAUUAUGGAGUAAAUACUGGUUCUUGGUUAUGGAAUACAGCAAGGGGCAUUAAUGGAGAAGAGGUCAAGGAACGCCUUCUUCCCAACAGUCAUGGAUCAGGAAAGACAUUUCCUGGACCUCGAGCUCUUAAAACUGUCGCUUCUGUUGAAAAGUGGCUUAAUGAGCUCUGCGAAGAACUUAGUGAACGUCUUCAGUCUGAUUUAGAACAGAAUAAGCGUAUUGCACAUACUCUUACUCUACAUGCUCAUGCAUACAAGGUUGGCUUUUCUUGUCAGUCAAAUGAUGCAGAUUCGUUCAGGAAAUUUCCAUCAAAAUCGUGUCCACUGAGGUAUGGGACUUCCAAGAUUAAGGAAGAUGCCCUAAGCCUGUUUCAAGCAGGAUUGCGUGAAUAUCUUGGCCAGUACAAUGUGAAGAUUUCCGGAAAUCAAAAGAGUGGGUGGGGUAUAACUGGUCUUUCUGUUUCAGCCAGUAAAAUAGCAGCUAUACCAUCAGGUACACGUUCUAUUAUGAAUUAUUUUCAUAACCAAGAGGAAACUUUCCCUCAAGUUAAACUAUCCAGCGAACAACUUAUCCAAGAUGCUCCACUUUUGUCACCUUCAGAAGAGGACAGUCUUGAAAGUGGAGGUCAUCUGACACUGCAGUCAUUAGAGCCAUGGAUAGCAUGUCGUGAGGAAAAUGAAGAGACUAAAUAUUCCAUGCCACUAGACAGACAGGAAGAGGACAAGGACACGUGUAAAGAAAAGCUGCCAGAUAAAGAGACUUCAAUAUGUUCUUCACCAGAUGCUGAAGUGUACCGGGGAUGGGAGAAAGAUCAGACUGAAUCAAGCGGGGACUACCUUACUGUAAAGAUUAGAGAUAGUUUAGAGUCAGAGGAAGGGAAGAGGAAGCCAAAUAAAGAAAAGGGAAUGUCAACAAUCUCGCGAUAUUUUCAAAGUCAACUCUCUGGCUCUCUCUUAAAGGCAGAACAUGCCGGUACUAGUAAGCUAAGCGAAUCCUCCUCCUUGUCAGCCUGUCAAAGUGAACUUCCUCAAGAAAAUUCACCCGCAAGAGGUGAAUCUAGUGUUGAUGCUCAUCUUUGUAGCCAGAUUAAACUGAAAAGGCCUGCCUGGAGUUACGACAUUGAUGAGAUUGACCAGGAUAUCUUGAAUGAGUUACCAAAACAAAUUCAAGAAGAGGUACAAGCAUGGCUCAGGCCUCAGAAGCGACCUAAUACAGUGAAAAGGGAUUUGGGUAUUACUCGUUAUUUCUUACCUGCAAAAGAUAAAUAAAUGCCAACAAACCUUUUAUCGAAAGAGGUGGAUGAUGUCAGAGGCCUAGAUUGAGUUGAAUCCUAUUGAAUUAGGAGGCCAUGUUAACAAGUUGGUUAGUCAAUGCAUUCAGUCUUGAUGUAUAAUAUCAUGUUGAAUAUACCCCG